CUGCGCAGCCUGGAGGUCCAGCAGCGAGCGGUCGCGGCACAGGCGCUUUCGUUCUGGGUAAUGAUCCCCGAGCAAGCGGUGGACGUGUGGAGGAGGGGAGCUGAGAGCCUGCUGGACUGCCUGCUGCUGCAGCCCGCACACGAUGGCGACGCAGCCAUGCAGUGCAUGUGGCAUGCGGUGCAGGCGCUGCACGGCAUCGCUGAGCAUGCCUUCAUGCGCGAGGCAGUGGCGGGUCACGAGUACGCGCAGGAGGGAGGAGGAGGGUCGACCAUGAAGGCGCUGAGAUACUGCUUGCGGCAUGCGGACGAGGAGCUGACGGUGGAGAUCUCGUUGCUGUACCGCAUGCUCGCGAGGCAGGGGGGGCUGAAGGAGCUGGUGGACAUCCUGAUGGAAGGACGAGACUCGGAGGUUUGCCUGCGAAACUGCGCGCGAGUGCUGCAAUCUCUAUGCUCUAAGCUGGAAGUGAAGGCGGAAGUCUGCAAGCUGACCAAGAUGCCGGCUGACCAGAUCGGACGAUGGACGUCGAGGUUCAUCUACGGCUUCUGAUCAUGGAGCAUCAGAGGAGGAGGAGACUUAACGACUUGUAUUAUUUCCUGAAAUGACUUUCUUCG